AUGAAAGUAAAGAAUAGUAAUAGUAGACUUUUAAAUUUGUAUCUUGCUAUUACUCCUUCAUUUGAACAUUUAUUGGUGAAAGAGGUAGAGACUAUAUUGAAAAGGAAAUGCUUUAAUCCGCCGACUACAUCAUCUCCACGACCUACCAUCGCCGUCGAGGGUAAUGGAGGUGUUCAAUGCAAUCAUAUGACAUCUGAACAUCUCUGGGCAAUAUCUAAUCACUCUCGACUCACAGAAUCAAUACGUUCAAGAUUAACUCCUGUCGAUGGUGUAAAAUGUUCAAACUUUAGUUAUCUUGGUUCUGCUUUAAAAGAUAUUAAUUGGAAAAAUUACUUUAAAUUACAUAAUCAUACUACACCACCUGUAUCAGUAUCAUCGACAAAGAGUACAUUGUAUCAUACUGGUGCAGUUCAAGAAAGAUUAUUAGAUCAUUUUAAAAAGAAUGUAUUGAUGAUUAAAAGUUUUAAAGAUAUCAACUCUGACACCUCCUCGUCCUCGACACCAAUCAUAACAAAUGAAGAACACUCACGAAUCUAUGUUAGAAUGCAUGAUAAUGUGAUGCAGAUUAGUGUUGAUGCUUCGGGUGGUGAGGAUAUGCUCUACAAGAGAACACCAAACAAAUAUGUAACAGAUGCACCGAUUAGAGAGACAUUGGCAGCUGCUCUACUUCACCUCAUCGAAUAUAACCCAAAAGAGACUGUACUAUGGGACCCCUUUGCAGGCAGUGGAACUUUUCUACACGAAGCAUUGGGAAUCACUCAUCAAGGAUUAUGUUUGGAGAAUAGACAUUUUGCAUUUAUGAAUUGGCCAAUUCAUAGAUCAGAAAGAUAUUCAAAUUAUUUAACUAAAUUAACAACAACAACAAAUCAAGACAACAAAGACGAUAGUAAUAAUACAAACAAUAAUAAUAAUAAUAUAGAAAUAGAUUUUCCAACAGUAUCAACAAAUACAUUAAAGAAAUCAAAAACAUUUAUAAUUGGAUCAGAUAUUGAUCCAAAGGCAACAUUGGCAAACAAACAUAAUUUAAAUCAACUUGGGUAUAGAUAUUCUUUAUUGAAUGAAUAUUCCUCUCCUUCAUCCUCUUCACCAUCUUCACCAAUCAUAGUAGAAACUGGAGAUUUUUCAGAAAUAAUUAAAAAGAUUAGAGAUAAUAUAUAUGACAAGUCUUUAACAACCAAAAAGAUAACCAUUUUAACAAAUCUACCAUACGGUGGUAGAAUCAUGCAAAGUAUGCCAAAACAACAACAAAAAGAGGCAUCGCCAUUUAUCAUUAGUAACAGUCUCAAGGAAACAUUUAAAUCAUUUUCAAAAAUGAUUCAAGACAAUGCAGACAUUAUCGAAAAUGUCUAUGUUUUAAAUGGACAUCCAAGUUUUAAAGAUUUAACAAGUGAUUUGGAAUGGACAUGUAUUCAAUCCUUUACAAAUGGUGGUCUAAAUGUUCAACUUUUAAAAUUAAAAAAGUAA